GCUCAGCCCACAUCAGUUUGGGGUAACCGUGUUAGAUACCAUUGUUUAUUCACAUAACAUAAUUGCAUUGCCAAAUUGGCGAGCUUCCAUUAAAUUGGCUAACGUUAUCGUUACCAGUAUUUAACCAACAAUAGCUAGCCACCUAGGUAGCUAACGUAAGGAAAAGGCUUCUUAAUCAUGCUACGUUUCUCGUGAUUUGAGUUGUUCCUUCAUCCACACCACUAACCAUGACUCGGUUAGCAAGUAAUCAGAUUCUAACCAGUCUAGACUAGUUGGCUGUACUGCGGGCGCGGGCACACAUCGAUAGCAAAGCAAACCACUACUAGCUAUAGCGUUAGCCUUACCGAGUGGCGACGUAUUUUGACACGUUUAGCCGGUGGAGUGGGUGCCUGGGGAAGAUCCAGGAGGGCGGUGGGGGACUGGGGAAAGGCUUUGGGGGCGGCCGGACACGAUGGCGGAGACGGAGGUGUGUCAGCCAGAUCACCUGACCGGGCUGCUGAAGGGAAGGGGAUGGGGCCAGGUAGUGGAUCAUGUGGUGACCAUGAUCUUCCUCGAAGCCCUCAUCCUCCACAUCCUGGUCAAGAUCCUGGACGUAAGCAGCCACGUCCAGAGUAUCAGGCUGAUGCCCUGCAGCUCCCCGCCUGUCUGCGAGUACAGGUACUCAAGGCCGAUGGGCUCCUCUGCAAAGUGAGCCUGGAUUAAAACUUGUGCCAAAACACGCAUCCAAGGGAGAGUUGGCGCUGACAUUAGGAAGCUACUCACCAGUGUGCUCGACAGGCUUGAUGUGAUCCUUGACCAGGGCCAAGCGCUGAGCUGGUUAAGGGAGUGCUGCCGGUGGCCACCGUAGCAGAGCAGAGGCUGCACUCGUCCCUCCACUGCGGCUGCGGCACGGUUCCAUCUCACCAGUUCGUCCAGCAGGAACGCCUGGAAGUGCGAGGCGUUCUCACGAUCUCCUGAAAAUAAACAGAAUGCAUUAUGCAGGCUGCUGAUGAUCAGACGUCCUGGAGAAGAUGCAGUUUUAAAGAGGACUCCCAGUGAGAGCAGCAGCUGCGGUGGAUAUGAACGGGGUGUCCCCCUCCAGCCUGCCCCUGUCCCUGAGCCUGAUCUCUGGCCAGGAGGUGCCCCCCAUCAGGGUGCACGAGUGCUCCCCGUCCCACUGCGCCACGCCCGGGCCCACCAUUGCCGUGACCUCGCCGUCACCUGGCUGCGGGACCCGUGCAAACCCCGCCCUGCUCCCUGCCCUGGGCCUUAGGAAAAAGCUGCUGACCAACGGAAAGGACCUGAACAUGCUCAGCGUCCCUCAGCUGCCGCGGAAACAGGCCCCCUCUCUUCCUGUUCCCGACACCUCCUGCACCACUCCGGAGCUCCAGUCACAGUUUUCAGGCAGCAGCGUCACAGGUAGCCUGUCUCUGGGACCCUGCUGCCGGAUGUUAGGGCGCUAUGGCGCGGCUGCAAACCUGAUGGUGACCAACAGCCCCAUGCUGGGGCACGGCGCGGUGCCCCUCCAGCCUGGCCAGGCCGGCAUCGCAGGUCCCCGCGCCCCACACUGCCCCCCGCACCCCGGGGACCUGGCACUGCCCUACACCGACGCCAGGUCAGUGCUGUCCAGAGAGUCCUUGGCGUCCACCACCCUGAGCUUGGCAGAGAGCGGCCGUCAGGAAUGGCCUUAUGGGUACCGCGUGCUGCCCCCCCUGCCCAGCCAGCAGAACUCCAGCCAGGGGAGCGGGGACGCCGAGCGGUCGGGCGUCCGCCCGGGAAGCGGCAGGUCCGGGGCCACCAGCAUCUCCAACUCGGCCUCCCUGCCCUCCUACCUCUUCAGCGGGGACGUGGCCGGAGGGUCCCUGGUGCCCAGCCCCCGCCACUCGGCCCGCUCGAAGAAACGGGCGCUCUCCAUGUCCCCGCUGUCCGACGGCAUGGCCAUCGACUUCAACUCGGUCAUCCGCACCUCCCCCACGUCGCUGGUGGCCUACAUCAACGGCUCGCUGCACUCCCCGGCCUCGCGCCCCGCCCUCUCGCCCCUGCAGCCCGAGGUGUACGGACACUUCCUGGGCGUGCGGGGGAGCUGCAUCCCCCUGGCCACCGCCGGCUGCCUCAGCCCCUGCGCCCCCGCCUUGCCCGGCCCGCCGCUGGCCCUGCCCGCCCCCGACGACGACUGCCUGCGCAUGCAGAGGCUCGAGCUGAGGGGGGCGCUGGAGAGCAGGGCGCAGCUGGUCAACAUGGUGGUCCAGCACCAGCAUUGCGCUCCGCCCCCGUCGUCCUCUCCGGAGCUACCGAGCGCGCUCCCCAAGGGCUUCCCGCCGGGUUCGCCUCACCGACGGGAACUGCCCGUCGCCAGGACGCCCACCCCCGCGCCUCCCCAGGGUCCCCCACCGCCGUACCACUCCCACCAGCACCUGCGGAGGCCCCAAAAUGGCUUCCUGGAGUGUCCUCAGAUGCCCGCGUCCGACCUGCUGCUGCCCCCCGGGCUCGGUUCCGAGCUGCAGCCCCUCCCUCCCUGUCCUCUGCUGGAGGAGGAGCCGGAGGCGGAGCCCAGGGACUCCAGCAGGGGGCACUGCUGCCGCUGGAUGGACUGCAACGCCGCCUACGACCAGCAGGAGUCCCUGGUGAGGCACAUAGAGAAGCUGCACAUCGACCAGCGCAAGGGCGAGGACUUCACCUGCCUGUGGGCGGGGUGCCCACGCAGACACAAGCCCUUCAACGCCCGCUACAAGCUCCUCAUCCACAUGAGGGUCCACUCCGGAGAGAAGCCCAACAAGUGCACGUUUGACGGGUGUCGGAAGGCCUUCUCUCGACUGGAGAACCUGAAGAUCCAUUUCCGCAGCCACACGGGGGAGAAGCCGUACCUGUGCCAGCACCCCGGCUGCAACAAGGCCUUCAGCAACUCCAGUGACCGCGCCAAACACCAGCGCACACACCUCGACACGAAACCCUACACGUGCCAGAUCCCUGGAUGUGCGAAGCGCUACACGGAUCCCAGCUCCUUGCGCAAGCACGUGAAGGCCCACUCCUCCAGAGAGCUGCAGACCAGGAAGAAGUUGAGGUCCAGUUCAGAAAUGGACCAGGAUGCGCUGACAGACUGUCUCACCAUCCAGCCCCUGCAACGGAGCUCCUCCCCCCUGGAGACAGGGGGCAACGUGCUGGAUCACUCCCCAGGGCCUGCCCAUGACAUAUAUCCAGGCAUGUUCCCGACAAACCAGUCCGCCCACAGUCAUACAGUGGCUGGACCCAUACCCUCUGCUGCCCCGAUGGGACACCCCACCCCAGGCAGCAUAGUCCCUCUGCUGCCCCCUCUGCAAGACUCGUGCAGGUUUACAUCCAUGUCCCCUCACCACCUCAGCCUGGAGACACACAGAAUGCCCGCUCUGCCCAACCCUCGGCCCCAGAACUCCUCGAUGGCGCCCCAAAAGACCGCUGUACCCCUGGGCCAUUCCAGCCACUCAGCUGCAGCCAACAAACCUCACCUGCAAGGUUUCAGUGCUCAGGCCCAGACUGUCUGCCCGCUGCCUUACAAUGCUUCGCCCAUAUCAACAAAGCCAGGCCCGUCCUGUCACAUGAAGUUUCCCACCAUUGAGGAAGGCGUCGCUGCCUCAGUGCCCUCUCAGUAUGGACUGGAUGCGUUCCGCAGCGCUCUCACAGGUAUCACAGUGUAUGACCUCCAGGGGGGAUACCAGGACUUUCUGGGGGAUCCAAUGCAAGGAAUGACAGACGAAAGCCACUUCCUGCAGGUCACCGCCUUCGACCGCUGCCCCAGCCAGCUCUCCUCCAUCUACACUGAGGGAUGCAGGUCCAGGCUGUCUCUACACUGA